GUUCAAAUUAGUACUGGCUUGGAAUGAGGCUCGGGAUACGACACUAUCGCGCAAGUCGUUGAGCAAUCCUUCGGCGUCAUGGUAGGCUCGACGCCCAUCCGGCGGUCGGUCCCCGGUGACCUCCCGUGCUUGACUGACACCUCUGAUUCGAUAUAACACCAACAAUAUGUAUUCCGAUAACCAUGGCGGUUGUAUGCUCACAGGACGAAGAACGCCGAUCCACCGUGGCCAAGCGCAUGAGCAUCGUUAGCGGAUUCACGACUGCCCAAGACUGCGUCCAAAAGUUCAGGAGCUCAUACCGCCAGGAAUCGAUGGGCAAGGGCGGCCAGCGUUUGUCAAUGGCAGCACCGCGAGCAACACUGUCGAGCCGACCCUCAAAUAUCGAGGCGCCAGACGAGUCCGUUAUCAGCGUCGACGCCUCCGAGAAGGCCCCGAGCCGAGAACUUUCGCAAUAUGUCCCAGACGACAGCACCCAGUCGCCAAAGAAGGUCCAGGACGAACCGGGCCGGCCCGCUGUCCCCGAGCGCACGGCAACGAUCACGAUGCUGGAAGCUGCUGCCCCCGGAGGUUUAGCUCGAAAGGAAACCAUCAGUGUUCCCAAUUCCAAUCGCAAGCAGCUGGAUCUAACCUCGGAGCAGGAGCGCGAAAUCUUUGAGGUCUUCAAUCUCUUUGACACCGACGGUUCGGGCACGAUCGACUUGAAGGAGCUGAAGAUUGUGAUGCGGGCUCUCGGGUUCCAUCCGACGGUUGAGGAGAUCGAGCAGAUCGCCAGGGACUACGACACCGACGGCGACCCGACCCUGACGUUUGACGAGUUUCUAUAUCUGAUGGCCGAAAAAAUGUCCAAGCGAGACAGCCACGCAGAGAUGAUGCUCGCUUUCUCGCUGUUUGCCGAGCCCGGACAGCGAAAGAUCACGCUCAAGGAUUUCAAGCGUGUGGCCAAGGAGCUGGGCGAGGGUCUUACGGACGAGGAGCUGCAGACGCUGUUCGAAGAGUCCGACCGCGACGGCGAUGGAGAGAUCGGAGAGGAAGACUGGAUCCGAGUAAUGUCAAAAACGCAGCGACCGAGCCAUAUAUAA